AUGCCCCUUCCAUCUGAUCCCGUAACCGUUGACGUCGGCGCCCAACUCGUCGACACACUUCAUAAAUUCUUUGGUCCUCACCCAGGUUUCAGACCAGCCCGCUUCUCAAGCUCAACAGGUCUCCCAGAAUUACCAGACACCGAUCCGAACGGGAACCCGCGAGGCCUGGCAAUAAGAUUUGUUCUCGCCGAAUCACCUCGACGUGUCCACACCGAUAUAAUCACCCACUCGACACCCUUUUUUCCCGCAAAAGACGGACCCGAUGCCCUGGCCUUUUUCAAGGCCUUGGCAAAUGGCUCGAUAGUAGAGCAUUUAGCGGCCUUCCCCUCAGCGAAAGCAUUCGUCGAAGCGCCCAAACCAUUUCCAGUCAGUUUUGCGACGGAGAAUUACUACGGCGUGAAUGCCUUCAAACUCAUCGCUGCCGAUGGGACGGUUACGUUCAUUCGGUAUCGAAUCGUGCCCCGGGUGAUUCGGGAUGCACUUCCUCUAGCACCAGCUUUUGAUCUUGUGGCGCAGAUUGCGGAGGAGGGGGAUGUUACGGAUAAUUGUACUGUUCGUUGGCCGGAGAGUAGGAAGAUUGUUACCCUGGGUACGAUUAGUCUUGAAUCGGUGAAGGAUGAUAAUGCUGCGGAGCAAAAGAGGGUCAUUUUUGAUCCUGUGCCUCGAGUGCAGGGUGUUGAGUCUUCGGAUGAUCCGCUUAUUGAUGUGCGUGCUGCGCUUUAUUUGAUUAGUGGGAGGGAGAGGCGGGCUGCUUAG